AUGGAGUGGGAAAGCAAAUUUUCUUCAAUCGUACGUGAAACAGAGACGAAUUUAGCGAGAGUUUGGGUAAGAACAGCUAAACGAUGCGGAUCGCGGUCACACAUUCCUCCACAGUAAAAAUAACGCAAGCGACGUCUUCGUGAGAAACGAAACUUUAUGUAAACUCGAUUUAUUUUUCUCCUAGCAAGCAUCUACAUCUGAUAAAUUUGUCAACCCGUAAUUCUUUACAUUUCUUUUAAACCUCUGGAUUUCAUUUUAAUGUAUUUACUUUAGGACCGCCUGGGUUCUUCAAGCAAAACAAAAGAAUCGGGUCGGUCAAGAGGAAACCAUUUUGGCGGUAAGUGUCUUGUUUGUUAAUCGACCGUUAAAUUGAGAGUUAGGUCAUUUCGAUUCUAUAAAUUAUCAAAGCUUACUCCUUAAUCUUAAGCCUGUAAGUCAUUUUAACGAUUUAUAGGGCAUAGCCAGAAAUAAGUGCAUCGUUGGAAUGCUUUUUUUCAAUGAAUUGCGUUGGAUAAAUUAUGCCAGGUAUUUUAUUGAAAAAGGGCGUUAUUUUUUGCACCGUAAGUGUGUUUACACAAACUUAAUAUUGUGAAAAACUACAACUCUUAAGAUCCCGAACCGUGAAACCAAGGUCGUGACCUUAAAAAGGACAAACCACAGUGGGUGACUUGAUAAACCUAUCAUCGUAUAGUAAGUAACAAACCCUGUUGGGUGCUUUACAACUUUAGAGAUUCCAACCCUCCCGAUUUGAUCGGGAGUCUCCCGAUUUGAUGUCUUGCCUCCCGCUCUCCCGAUUUUUACCAAAUUCUCCCGAUUUAUUAUAAAAUUCUGAAAACUAGGGAAAAAUUGCUAAUCUUUAGAAUUUUUGGCGAUCUGUCACUGUGAAACACUCAUAUUAUACUUACUUUCUUCGCGAAGAGCAUUAUGGUAUGUUAUAACUCAGGCCGGAAUGAUGUCAAAAUUCAGGAAAUGGCACUUGAGAGAACCUAAAUUUGCAAAAUUUCCCAGGAGGCAUGCCCCCUGACCCCCCUAGAAGCUUGCGCCUUCGGCGCUAAUAAUUACUCCCUAUUUUCCAUCACAUGGGGUUGGAAUCUCUGCAACUUGGAGCUUUUCACUCUUCACCCGCUCCACCUCGAGGUCUUAUACAGUAACUUCUAUUGACAAAUGGUACCCCCUUCACAUAUUACCUGGUUUAGAACUUAUGCACCCCUUUAAACUGCUGUAAAUGCACUGUCUGUAAAAUAUGAAUAAACCACAAAAUCAGAACAUUUUCUUGACUUUUUCACAGCCAUAAAGUGCAUCUGUUAGCCCUUUUGGGCCUUUCUACAGCAUACAUGCCGGAUAUGGCACCGAUCUCCGGCUCUCUCGUGCAGGUCACCAUAUCUCUCAGAUAAAAUCAUCUUUUGACCUUUUCUGUGCCUUUUUAGCUCAAAACUUGAAUUUUUCUUCUUCAUCAUACGGUUUCUGGGGCAUUUUUGCACGUAUUUAGUCACUGACAAAGAUUAUUUCUGGCAUCAAAACGAUGAUUGCGAAUUUUGGCUGUAUGUAUUCAUGUAAGACUUCAUGCAAUGUCCAAAGUCAUUCUCAUUGGGGGCUGGGUCAAUUUAUCGGGGGGGGGGGGUGGGGUUGGAGUCUAUUGAAAUUCUGGGGGAGGGGUUGUGAAAAAAGGGAUUCUCCAGAUUUUAGAUCUCCAGAUGUUGGCGUCUCUGCUACAGACCUCAAUGACAGAAUUCCGAGAUCCCUACCCUUCAUAUACCUAAACCCUGAAAAAAGUACCCCUUUUGUGUGGAACUUCCUCAUAUAGGCCAUCAUAGGCAGUACUCCCUCAGGUUGUAGACAAAGCACUGUAUCCUUAGCCCUUAAAUAUAGCUGUCUCUCAUCCUUCCCUGCCUCCAGGAUGUUUUGUGAGAUAUAUGGCUACGUUUCCAUGUUAGAAAUUCCAUUAGGCUGUUUCUCAUAGCUGGACAGAUGUCGUAAUCAGAAGUGUAGAACAUUACGAUCUAGUGAAAACAGCAUUCUGAUUCCACUUAUGACUCCUAAAAACAAGUAUGAUGCUGGUCACUGUUGGACGUGAAAAGUGAAGGUUACUAUAAUUCGUACAGGAAAUUUUACAAAACUGCUUUCUUUCUUAUUUGAUAGCCUCCAUAAGUCCAGGGAACCUUCGAUCUCAGACUUCCCGAAGUCCUCAUAUUUCAGCUAUGGCUUGGGAUAAACUCAGCCCUGUGAAAACUGUUGGCAUGGCAACUAGUGUUCCCUCAAGUCAGGCAUCACCUGCUCUUGUUAAUGCAUUGUUUGAAAGGGUUGAGGAACAAGCUGAGGUGAGAACUUUUACAUUAGAGAGAUUAAGAUUCACGUUUGCGCCAAACGACAAAAUGUGAAUUUGUACCACAUGACUAAGUUUUCCCCUUAUUUUCCGUUUACUGUUUAUUGCUUCUACACAAAAAUAAGUAGUUUUAUGCCAGUUUUAUCCUUAAGAAUCGUUCUGGACUGUUUUUAUCUGGUUAUUUUUUAUUCUGAGAAAUUCUCAACUGACGUUUGCCGUAUGCUGUAAACAUGAAUCUCUAAUAAUAAAAAAAUAAUGAUAACGAUAAUAAUAAUGGUAAUAAUUAUAUAUUCAGGGAGGCCCUCACUUAGAUUAGACAAUAUUAAAAUAAUUUUUUCUACAUGUUUAAACUUAAGGUACUGUAAAACGAGCAAUAAAAAACAUUCAACUUGUCUAAGUUGCAAUAUUUGCUGCAAAACAAGUUGAAUACCGAUGUUCAGCGUGCAAAGAAAUUAGCGUCUGAUAGCUCGGGGCUAGUGGAUUUUGCUAUCGGGCUAGUGAAUUCUGUUCUUAACUUGCCCGAUGGGCAAGUGAAGAUUUUUGAGGAAUUCAAAUUACAUAAGAACUGUGUUAUCAAUCCUGCUUAUCAAAACAAUUUUGGGGCUAGUUGAAAUGAAUUUUGGGCUAGUGCAUGCCAGCUACAGCUUGCCCAAAUGGCAACCUGUAAAACUGACUUUCUUUGCACCCUGGAUGUUGCACUUUUUACCACCUACAUCAAAUCUGUCUUUCAACAAAUAAGGUUGUUAACAGGUUUGACCAUGGUUGGUAAGAUGUGCGGCAUCACUUUUCAACUCAUUUUGUUGCAGUGUUGUAAAACAAGUGCACUUUUUGAUGCUUAUUCUAUCCACAGCUUUAAUAAUACAAUCAAACUUUAAAACUCAACUGUCAUGCAAAUGUUGAAGGCUAAAAUAAAGAGUCUUACAAACUAAAAAUGUUUGGCAAUUUGGGUUUAUGUCCAGCUUAAAAAUUUGUAAAUUUUUGUAUUAAAUGUGUAACCUACUAUUGCAUUUUAGCUAGUGAGUCAUUUAAGUGACACCGUCAGGGGACUUGAGAAAGAGAGAGAAACUCAUGCUGCAGAGAUCAAGAGAAUGAGAGGUACAUUCUUGUAACAUAUUACAGCUGCAUUUACUAUCAAAGUUACAAAACUGUUAGCACUCCCCCUCUCCCUGAAAAAAGAUCAUUCACAUUUAAAUUUUUACUUAGCUCAUGUGACCAUUCCAAGUGCCCUGUUUGGUGUGUAACUUUCCUUCCCUUCUUAGAAAGGCAAUAACAACAGUUAAAAUGCUCUAAAGCUGCCUCGAUAGGACUCUGUUGAAAUACACCUGUAUCUCUCUUCAGCUCAAAUUAUCAUUAUUAAAUAGUGACUUCCUUGAUUUGCCAUGCUGAAAAGUUCUUCUGCAAGCAUUUGUGAUCUUUUUUAAACUGCAAAACAUUGUUUUUGCCUCUCCAAAAAGGAAGGAAAGUCUUGUGACCAAAUGGGGCGCUCAGAAUAUGAGCCUGUCGGCAAAAUCCUCAGCAAGUGGUCAGGGGAAAAAUCACCAACAGUUUUAACCUGAAAUCAAUUUUGACCUGUAACAUGUGUCUUAUCUGAGAAAUACUUUCUACUCACUUUCUUAAUUGGUUUAUUCUCAUAAGGUUUAUUGUCCUUUUCUCCUCGGGAACAUAGACAUAUUUUUCAGUGAUGCAGGGAAACCAAUAUCUGUUUGAUGUACUGGUAAUAAAUUUUCUUACUCAGAUGAAAUAAACAGACUGAAUGAAAGGCUAAGAGAAAAGGGAGUAGACAUCGAAACAGAACGAAAGUUAGAGCAAGUGAGUAUAAAAGAAAUAUUGCUAAAUCUCUUUCAUUAUGCUUUAAUUCAGUCCUUUACUUACAUGUACAGCAUUAUGUUAAGUAGCUCUGGGCAAUAUAAUAACUUUUCAGCUGAACGAGUGUGAAAUAAGUAAUUCUUGAUGCACUGUCAAAUUCUCUCCAGUUCCACAAGCAAAAUAAUACAAUGCACUUCAGUAUGUUGAACAGCACCUCGGAGAGGCAACCUUUUUCUGUGUUGUAGCUCUCUUGAAGUUUUGAUUUUUGACACUGUUAAUUUUUUAUCAAUAGAAAUUUAAUUUGAACCUGACCUGAAGAAUCUUUUCUCACAGCUAGAUCAUAGUGGCAAAAUGGUUUAGAAUAAUAAUGGGGUCUGAACUCAUCUAAUCAUGUGUUUUAAAUGAUAAUUAUUAUUGUUGUUUUUCUUUGGUAGUUUAAGCGUGAUGUAUACAGCCAGCUGGAAUUUGUCCAAAGCCAAUCCAAGUUAAGACAGAGUACUAGUGAAAACUCCCAUCGCAGUGAUCCAUCUGUCAUCAAUGAAGCGUUAGUGUUAACAAACUUCAACCUGUAAAUCACUUAAAACGAUUUGUAGAGUACUUCUGUACUAUUAAAAAAAUUUACCAGUUUUUUUAAAUGACAUUGUCCAUUUUGGUGGCAACAAGAUAUGAAUAACACAACUUUCAUGAUAUUUUUUUAGGAGAAGAAUUAUAGAAGAUGAGACAGAAUCUUUACAAAGAGAUAUUGAACAUCUUAAAACAAAGAUGGGUAAGGAAAACUUAUUUUUUUGUUGCAUUAAUCGAUCAGUCAGUCAUUGAAUUAAAAGUAAGUGAGCGAUUUAGUGUGUCUUUCAGUCAGUCAAUUAAAUAGUCAGUCACUCAGUGAACUCAGACAAAUUAGUGUGUCUGUCAGUCAGUCAGUCAGACAGUGAAUCACCUAAUGAACUCAGGCAGUAAGUUACGAAAUCAGUCAGUUAUAAGAUACUGGUCAGUGUGUUGCAGUAGUCUGUCAUUAGACUGUCAGUUGUUUAUGUUAGUCAGUCAAAAAACUGAGUCAGCCAGCCAGCAGUCAAUCAGACAUUAUUUUAGUAGAUCCUCUGUUACAAAUUUUAGUUACCGGGGUAGUCAGUCUGCAAUCAGCUGUUUAGGUCCCAGUCAUUCAAAAGGUGGAUAGAGCGAUCCACAGCGGAUAAAUUGCUGUCCCGUGGAUUGUGCAAUUGGUUUCCCUAAUACUUAUCCACUAAAUAGUGAUUUGUCUGAUGGAUAGCACUAUCCAAUGUUUGAACAACCCAGGCCAUUUGGUUAGGUUGGUAAGGUGAAAAGUCAGGCCAGUUUGUCAGUUGGUCAGUCAGUUAUUUCAGUCAGUCAGUCAGUUGCAAAGUAUAGACUUGUAUGUAGUUAACCAGCCAGGCUUACAGCCAGCAGCUGGCUGCGUCAGUCAAUCCGUCAGUCAGUCAGUCAGUCAGUCAGUCAGUCAGUCAGUCAGUCAGUCAGUCAGGUUAGUCAGUCAAUCAGUCAGUCAAUCAGUCAGUCAGUCAGUCAGUCAGGUUAGUCAGUCAGUCAUUUAGUCAGUCAUUCAAUCAGAUUAGUCAGUCAGUCAGUCAGUCUUGAAAUCUGAUUCAUUUUGGUAAUCAGUCAGCGCCACUUGUAUUUCUACCCACUCAACUGGUGCAACAGUAAAAACUAACGUACUAAUGUCAGCAAGUAGAACAUAGAUAUUUUCAAGCCAAUAGACCUGAUCCUAAUUAGUAUAAUGUAUUCUGAGUAUUUGAAUUAAACGCAUAUUAUUUUUAAAUAAAUGAAAUGUAGGAAAGCUGGAAAUUGAGCUCCACUCCUCACUUAGCGACUCAAGAGAUGUACUUCGUAAACAGGAAAGGCUGGACAGAGUAAGAGCUUUUUACUUAAACUUCUAAAUAAUAAUGACAUCAGUAUGAUACUAUAAUAUAACUUUUUCAUUAAAUUUUUGAUGAGUGAGUUUUAAGACGGAAUCCACCAGGAAAUUGAGUAAUUUUGAUUUUCAGUGGACAAAAAUCUUGUACCAGUGAGAAUAAUUUAAAGCAUAUUGCAAAAUUUCUUACAUUUUUCAAGGGCUAUAAAGAUGUAAUAAAUCAUCUGUAAUAACACCAAAAAAAAUUUGUUAUGGGAGCCUGAGAAAAUGAAUGUCAAAUUUCACAAAAUUACAUCUUAUUACAGAUAAUUUAUUGCAUCUUUAGCCCGUUAAAAAUGUAAAAAAGAGUUCAAUAUUCUUUAAAUUAUUCUGGUACAAGGUUUUUAUCCACUGAAAAUUAAAAUUUGUCAAUUUCCUUAUGGAUUCUGUCUUAAUGGGCAAUUCCAGAAAAUAUCCAUACCCAACCACGGACGGCUUCCAUGUUUUAACCCCCCCUUGCCUUCGGAAAUUCCAAAAUGCGCUACCCCCCCAUGCCCUCAGAAUUCCGUAGUCAUGAACCCCCCCUCCCCUUCAGAAUUUCCGUUUUUUUUUUGGAAGUACAUUUUCGACUUAGCAAAGCCAAUAAGAACAAACGAACAUGAAUUUAUGCCUCCUCAAGGCUGUGAUCUAGCGACGCCAGGUGACAAGCUUUACUCUUCAGUGACAAGAAAAACCUACGCUAGUUGCCAGGCCGUGCAAACUCCUUUUUAAGUCCGAAUUUGGCUAUAAAACUAAACACCACUUAAGGUAAUUUUACUCCUCUUUGUUUUCUUGUGCUGUUUUGACGUUUACAAAGGAAAAUAGCUCAAACAGACUGUUAAAAUCUUUUGGCGGUCAAAUAUACCGUCGAGUUGUGUUGCGUCCUUUUAUACGUCAUGUAGUGCGCACGAAAAGCGUUCUAAUCUGACAGGCGUUCCUUGGAAUUGAGGGACUGGUGUGAGUUUUUCACUGUUUAUCGGACAACACCGCGGCAAAAAGCAAUGCGCAUGAGCACAAAAUUUAAUAUCCGGUCAGGUUUUUAUUUCCGGUCUAGUAUAUAAACCAAUAGAGUAAGCAUAACUUUGCCGUCGCGACAAGUUUAAAACCAAAAAGGGCGAAACAGACAAAAAAGGGGGCCAAAAAAAUCACUUCAUUCGAAAGCUUAUAUAUUUUUCUAUUCUCAAACUUUUGCACCACAUGGUUAUCUGUUUGCACCAACGGUGAAAAUGAUGUUUGAAGUUUGCAGGUCGCGAGCGCUCGACAAGACGAAUUUGUUUUUACUGGCUUUCUUGCAUGCUACUGGUUUGGCAUAAGUUAAUUUGGGAGAAGGCGACAACUAAGAAAAGAAUAACAAUACUUAUGAAAGAAACCAAAAUAAAGACGUCAUCAUUAUCAUAAAAAACACUAAAACCAGGAAAUAAAAUUUUAGUCCGUUCAAUAAUUUGUUUUAUUAUCAGAGAAAACAAGAACUCAAAACAAAAGAUGGGCGGGAUUUAAUAACAACUUUGACUUUGAUGACUGCAGUCACCGGGAAACUAAACAUGCCUAUAAAUGACUUUCAUUCAAGAAAAUGCCUAUUUAAUUCUUUUACAUGGUUGUUCUUUUGUUGAAGACUUCAAUAAUUUCAGACUGUGCGGCUCGGCUGCAUCUCAUGCAAACACGAAACUUCUAGCUGCUAAAUACAUGGCAUGAAAAGUUCGACUUCUAAAAGCCACUAAACCAGCUUUCGCUCUCUGAUUCUGAGAAUGGAAAAAUAAAUAAAUAGAGUUGUCAACUUGCUGCCAACCGGCUCAACAGUAUAAUCAAGCUUAUGUUUCAUGGCAAUCAACCCAGAAGAGUUUCGUUUUAAAACACGGUAAAACCCUCUGGUAAACAAAACUACAAAGCGAUUGUGUGUUGUCGUUUUCCAAAUAAAGUUUGAAUCGGCUUUAACACAUGUAGACUGAGAAACUGAAGAACUAAAAAUUAGAACUACAAUACACAAGCUUGCAAUGAUAACGUUUUAAUUUUGUCUUAGUUUCAGCCAGGUUAAGUGAAAAAUAACAAUCAAAAACUUUAUUUUCGUGAAUGAAAAUCAGUUUACCUGAAGCUCUAGCGAAAAUUACACACUGAGUUAUUAUCAUCUUACCUUUUCUGAAUCUAAUCGACUAAUUGUUUCAGUGAUCUGUGCCUGGUUAUCCAUAAAAGUAAUUUCAAUAACUACAAAAUAGUCAAAAACACGAGCAGCAUAAAGCAGAACAACUGAACCACAAGCUGCACACAGAAUGAAGCGCGCGGGAGACUUCGACUGGAAAGUGUGACUGAAAAUGAGACCGGAAAUGCUCAAUCUGGCGCAUGCGUCGACGUUUCGCCGCGGUGUUUUAUCGGACGGGAGUAACAAGAAAUUUGCAAGCGGUAUUAAAAGAUACAUUUUCAGUUUUUAUUCACGUGACAAGAAAUUCAUCAAGGUAAAUGUGAAACCGACGUUUUACUGUUCACUUCUAUAAGUUAUGAGCGUAAACACGUGUCUGAUCUAUCGAUGCUUGUCUUCUGCUUCCACGGUCAUACGUUCGUGGUUUAUUUACGAACUACAAAAGUCCACAACAAUAGCGUUUUCCAGGAACUUACUCUACACUUUCUACUCCAGAAAUCCCACCUGUGGAAUUCCCCCAUACCUUCGGAUUUCAAAUCGUAAAUACCCCCCCAUGCCUUCAGAAUUCCAUAAUCGUGAAUCCCCCCUCCCCUUCGGAAAUCCUUAAAGCCGUCCGUGGUAUGGUAUGGAUAUUUUCUGGAAUCGCCCAAUACAUGUGAUAAAAUAAUGUAGCUUGUUUGUUGGCAUCCUUUCACAGGUUCUGUCAUCACUUUCGGAGAAUCAGCGCUCACAGUCAAGAAGCUUAAGCAGUAUAGUUGAUGAGAAGCAAUCAGAUUCAUAUGAAAUACGGCAACUUAAGUAAGUUUAAUAGCCAUAUUCCUUUCUUAGUGUGAGAAACCUGUACUUUUUUUUUGUUAUGAAAUAGUGUUAAUAAUGUACCUGCCAACUUUUUGUGAGUCAAAUGCGUGAGAUUUUUACCUUGUCAUGUCCAAGAUUUCCGGAAGCGUCCAGGCGACUUCCGAAGAUUUCCAAUGAAUUUCUGAAGACUUCUGAACGUUGCCGGAAAUUGAAUGUUCACAGAUGCUCCAAAGAUGUUUGAGCACUUCCAAAGCUACUAAAAAGAUGACGUUGAUUUUAGCGUACUUUGAUUUCGUUAGAACACAAAAAAGGACACAAAGUCAUCAUGUGGUCAAGAACAAUUUGUCCGGAUUUGUGGGUCAGACAAAUUGUCCCUGAUGCAUAAGAUCGAUGUAUUUAGUCCACAGGCGUGAGACUCAUGCAUAAUGCGUGAGAAUUGGCAAGUAUAUAAUAGUAUGUGCUCAUUUUUACCAUGGAAAUAUGAGGAGUUUUGUUCUGAAAAAACCUGUCACUGUGCUGUGUUUUACUUUCAGGCAUCUCGUAAACCAAGUUAGACGACAGUUUUCUGAUCUGGAAUCUGAGUUUCAGUCCAGCGUCAGAAAUUCAGGAGUUUCAAGUAAGUGAAGACAAUACUUUUUCAGCAUGAAUAUCUGAAUGCAAUAGCACAUCAGCCACAGUUUUUGUGAGAAUAUAUUAAGUUUGAAUUUUCCUGAAAAUUACCCCAAAGAGGUUAUAUUUUAAAUUUACUUUCAGUGAUAGAUUUAUCCUUAAUCUUGCUUGGAGUCAUCUCUGAAAAGUGUAUUCAGUAACCAAUUUAUUUGUGUGUUCCAGUUAUUUUCCAUACACACUUCAUUAACUAUUAUGACUGUGUGUGGAAAGAAGAUGGUCAUAUUACUUUAUAAAUUUUCAACAGGUAAUAAUUCAUCUGUGAGGCAGUCCCAACUGCGUGCUUCAACACAAGCAAGAUUUAUGAAUGGUGAUGCAAAAUCAAAACGGAAAGGAACUAAACAUAAAUCCAAGGCAGCAGUGGAUGAUCUUGUCCUGUCAAGCAGUAGUGAUAAUGAUCUGAGUUUGACAACACUGGAUGUUAGUAGUCCUAGUGACUCAGACCUUACAUCAUUGAAGCUUGACAGGUCUCACAGAGGUAAAAUUGACUGAUAUCUUAUUGGUACUUAAGAUAGUAUUUCGCGGGGUUUUAUUUUCGUGAUUUCAAUAACCAAAUAGGAAAAAGGGCAAUAUAUAUUUUGCGAUUCAAGCAUUCUUGACUCGGUUUUAUUUUUUCAAUAUUCUGAACUUUUCAAAAUAUUGAAAUAAAACAUAUAUUAAAAUUCUAUCUUGACUUCAAGACCUUAGGGACAAAAUUGCAAAUUUUUCUAGACUCCAUUGUCUUGCAAUUCACAGUAUAGACUUGAGCACAAAGAAAACCACACCAAGUAAAGAAAAAUGACCAGAAAGCAUCCUGCGCAGUCAUGUUAGAAUUUUAAGAACAUCAAGAGUGGGCUAUUACAUAUCAUAAGAGAAAACUGUGAUUAUUUUGUAGGAGUGUCUGGAAAUGGAGUAGGAAGCAUCUCAAGUUCAUCACUCAGUUCCUUAGACUCUGACGACUUACUGAAGGAAUUAUCACAUUAACUAUUGUUCAACUGUAUCAUAGGACAUGAGCUUUUGAGUGGAAUGGGAAAAAAUUGCUGGCCAUUUUGUGCAAGUUGUCUGUAUGGAGUGAUGCAUCUGAUUGCUGAUUCAUUAGUUUCUGUAUUGAUAAAACUGUUAAUUCAUUAAUACUUAGAAUCAAGGUUUAAUUUCCAAAACAUCUGCAAGUCAUUUUUUAUUGUAAUCCUUUUUGUUCUUUUUAAUGCCCACACAUCUUUUUUAUAAUUUAUGAAAACCCUGCCAUUUUAUUUGACCAACCAAUCAGGUUACAAGAAUUUUAACAAAAAAUGUGCACAAGCUAUCAGACCUGAAAACAAACACAAGCAAUCCUAAAGCCUUUUGGAUAAAGGUGGUCAUUAACAAUCACUUGUUGUGAAUGGUAAAACAAUAUUAUUACCUUUAAUCAGAUUCAUUGGUGCUUUAUAACUCUAAAUUUUGUACAUGGGUGGUUUUGAGAGCAAUACAUUUCCUGGUUUUCUUCAAUAUUUUUUCAACACAGCUUUUUGCCAUGCAUUCUUGAUCAGUCAAAUGAGAGACAUUUCUCAGUGGCUAAAAAUAUAUUUGUUAGUAAGGUAUUAUGUUUUUUA